CGCAUGCGGCUGGUAAGCAAAAUGGUGGCGAUCAGCAAACCAACUUUGCUACAGUUUACUUGCUACGAAUUAGGCCAUACAUGGACUCCGUCAUGCAGAAGGGCGUCUUUUGAUGUUGCACUUCUUGUCUUCAAAGAAGCUUUAAAGAUUUAUGGCUCUCUUUAUUUCAUUGCAGGCCUGGUGAGGAGACGUGGAAAGGCUUACUUCAGAAAGAAAUUCUGGGAGGAGCUGUUACGGUCCUCAUUCUUCCUGACCACUAAUGGCACAUUGUUCAUCUCAUGUUUCUGCUUGUGGAGGAGAAUUGAUGGAGGGUUUAAGCGAGUGAUCACCAUUAGUUUCUUCCCCGCUCUUGUGGGCUCCGUUAUUGCCAUUCUGCAGGAGAGGAAGUCCAGACGAGGGUUACUGGCAGUGUAUAUGGCUAAUGUCGCUGUUGAGACAGUAUGGAGGAUGCUGAAAGCAAGGGGCUGGGUGAAAUCCCUACCUCAUGGAGAGGUUUUGGUGUUCAGUGUUGCUGCAGCAGUUUACCUUUACUACUUCAAGAAAACCAGUGGACUUCCAGAUGGAACCUUGUCCAUAUUUAAAAAAUUAUUUGGUUCUGAUGAAAUGCCAGCAAUUGAAGAAAACCUUCCAAGCGAUCAAAAUGAUGAAGAUACUGACAUGAAUAGGAAUGAUUCACUUCAUAACCGUACCUCUGUGAUAGCCAAUCGGAAGUUGCCUUACCAACCAGUGGUCAGAUGGCUGAAAAUAUGUCCCAAACAUGCCUUAUGCAAGCAUAAAUAUGGUUGUGUGUAUUAUGUUUUAGAAGGAUCUUUACGAAUGUUUGGUAUAGGUUAUGCAGUCCAGGGAGCAAUUAAAGUUGUCAGUUCACUGAGUCGUGUGUUCAAACAACCUAAGUCUGUGAUAAAGGCUCUAGUCCAUAAAAACAACCUUCAACUUGGUGCCUUCUUAGCAAGUUUUGUUGGCAUUUAUAGAGCAGUGAAUUGUUUGUUACGCUGGAUACGUGAGAAGGAUGAAGCAUUACACGGGAUGGUAGCGGGAUUUCUGGCUGGAUGGUCGAUGUUGUUCUAUAAAAGCCAAACUAUAGCACUAUACACAGCUGCCAAACUAGCAGAGAUGUUGUAUUUCAAAGGUAUAGCCAGUGGGAAGGUGCCAUAUAUACAAUGUGCAGAUAUCAUCAUCUAUAGCAUUUCAACUGCCUUAGUCUUCCAUGCUGCUGUUAUAGAACCACAUAACCUCAGGCCAGCUUAUUGGAACUUUCUACUUAGGGUGACAGGAAAUAAGUUUGCAACAAUGAACAGAAGAUUACUGGAUCCCUGGGUGCCAGAUUGCUCAAAACUAUUCCCCGACUUCUGGCCGGACUAUGAUUUGAGAUUCACAAAUCUAAGAAAACCAUAGAAACUACACCAUUCCACUUCAUUAUGUUGUAUUGAUUAAUCAUCAAAUAUACAUGGAUUUCAUUUUUAACCCUUAUCAUGCUGGACACGACUGAGUCUGCCUGUGUGACCAGUGUAGAUCAUGUUCAGCCUGCACAUCCAUGCAGUCUGAUCAUGAUCUGCACUGUUCGCCCUUCAGUCAGUCUCUUCUUUUAACAGUUAAUGGUACUGUCCAAAUUCAAAGGUAGACAAUUUCAUUAAAGAAAUUUAGCAGGGUAAGGGUUAAAAUGCAGUGAAGUCAAAUAUUAUAAAACUGGUAUUUUUUUUGAGACCAGUCAAAGAAUGAAAGUUAGCCAUUGGUCAGUUUUUAAAUUGUGCUCAGAAUCAACCAAUCGGAUGCUAGAGAUUUGAGACUGGUCUCAUAGUAAUAUAGCCUUUAAACAAGUUCAUAAAAAAAGUGUUAAAACAGUGAAAUAUGAACACAUAAAGUGUGCCAAUAUUAUAAUGAAAUUUUAUACAUGCAGUCGAAACUCGUUCGCUCGAACUCAAAGGGACUGGAAAAAUUUGACUUAUCAGCAGUUGGAGCCAUUGAGCAUUAUACAUUAUAUAGGGAUUUUGCCAGCAUCUGACCAUGAGUUGGAAUGAAGUUCAACUGUAAUUGAAUUUUUAUAUUUAUCAUACAUAUAUUAGUCUUGAUAAAUCAAAACAUGUAGCUUCUACAGUUAAUAAUAGAAUUUAGACAGCGUAGUGUGUUGAGUUUUAACAAACUGACAAGUGAUUAUAAGUGUACUGCUGUUACAGUAAUUAAUGCUGAAUUUUUUUUUAUUCAGAUGAACAAAAAGUUGUAAGAAACCGACAGUAUUUUUAAUGAUAUACUGGUUCGAGUCGUAAAUUCGGCCAGGUCGUAAAUAUUCAGCCACACACUCUAAAGCUUUUUUUUGAGCCAGUUGCUUGAAAAUGCAUCUGUGUCAUCACAAGCGUGUGCGUUAGCAAAAAAGUCGGUAAAAAACAACAAGUUAAGGUGAGUAGAAAAAAAGUUGUCCUGACCUAAAGUUGUGUACUAUAAACAGCAAAUAUUUUGUCUCGCGGGUCGCGUGACGUCAUACCCCGCACUUGAAUAUGCUGAGGCCCGAGGGAUUCUGAAGAUGUUAUAACAUGCAAAGAAUAGUGCUAUUCUAGCUUUAAAUGCGUAAAAAAACGGAUAAAUGAACAUCAUUAGAUUUCUGUGAAAUGCGCAGAUUAGUCUACGUUAUUUUUUCAGGUUGACGUCAUUUCCUUUUGAAUUACCCGUUUUGGGGCCGUAACUAGUUUACUCUUUGCCACGAAAUGCGCAUAUGUUAAAAAAAAUGUUAUAACUGCAUGUGAGCGCGGGAAUCUCUCUGUUAACAUACGUUUUCUCUCGCGUUAAAACGCCUCGAAAAGUAACAAUUACAGCAGUUUUAUACCAGAAUGUGUAAUAAGCAGUGACGUAAAAGUUAACUACGUCAUGCUGAUGUGAGAAGACCGGCUGGCGCUUUAAAAUUUCUGUUGGCAAAUAUUUUUCACGAGGUAUGCUAUUGAAAAAAAAUGCAGUUUGUUGAAAAAAGAACGAUUUUGAUUUAGCAUCGAUUUAUUUCCAAGACAAUUUUGAAAAUAUAACCAACUUGAUGUUUAAAGAGUGGCCGAAUAUUUACAACCUCCAGAAGGUAAAAUGUGGAGGCUAAACCUGUCCGAUAUUUCAAGCGCGGUUUCAUUGUUUACUAUAUUGUUAACGGCUGUUAAUGAUAACAAUCAAUGUUGCUUGUGUUAAAGCACAUAUGGUAGAAAUUUUGUACAAAUCUGUUGUAUAAAGAAAGAAAUAUUUAUGAAAAACCGCAAAAAGUGGCCGAAUUUACGACUUGAACCAGUAUUGCAUGUUUUUGUUUGUAUUUAGAUUCUCCUUUAAAUUACCAUACUUUUAUACAAAUGUAAUAAUCGGAAAUGUCAAGAUUAAAUGCAAAUUUUAAAGUGAAAGUGAAGGGAAAAAUUAUAUUUUAUAUCAACAGAUAAGUUCUUUUUGAAUACCAUGUAUAAUUUUACUUGGAGGCAUAUUUUGUAAUAUUAUGCUUUUAUAAAAAGUGCCAAAAGUUGAUUAAAAUUAACAGUUAUAUUCAAGAUAUACCUUAUUACAUAUCUGAGUUUCAUUAUGCUGACUAGUUAAUCAUAGCAAAUACAAAUUCAGGUUGAAAACUAUUAACCCUUAUCAUGUUGGACAGGACUUAUUCUGCCUUUGCAACCAGUGUAGAUCAAGAUCAGCCUGCACAUCUAUGCAGUCUGAUCAUGAUCUGCACUGUUCGCCAAACAGUAUUAUUUGGUAUGCACCCCUUUAAAUAGUUAAUGGCACUGACAAAACUGAAAGAUGGGCUAGUUCAUUAUAGAAAUUUAGCAGGGUAAGAAUUAAACAGUUUCGUUUUUGAGAUGAAAGUGAAGUAGAUAAAUAUUUUUUUUUAUUUUACAAAAGGGAAGGUGUGUAUGUGGGAUUGAGAUUAUUGACCAUUCAAGCUACUUUCCACAGGACAACUAAAUUUCAUUACAGAAAAAAAUUGUUCUACUUAUACAUGGUCAAGAAAUUUUGUUUUCAAUAGUGAAGCAGUGAAAAUUGUUACUUUCAAAGAUUUCGAUAGAAAAUACCCCAAAACCACUAACUGCCAUUCAUGGCACUUAAGCAUUUAUAAUUUGAGCGGCACCAUGUGAAAAUCAACAUAGUGGCUUUGCGACCAGCAUGGAUCCAGACCAGCCUGUGCAUCCAUGCAGUCUGGUCAGGAUCCAUGCUGUUCGCUUUCAAAGCAUAUUGCAAUUAGAGAAACCAUUAGCGAACAGCAUGGAUCCUGAUCAGACUGCGGAUGCACAGGCUGGUCUGGAUCCAUGCUGGUCACAAAGCCACUAGGUUGAUUUUCACAUGGCUAAAAAGCCACUAUGUUGGUUUUCUCAUUGCACGGCUCAUUUGUUUCUUGAUGUAAACUUGUCAAGUCAUGAGAAACCCAGAAACAAUUAACGAUUAUGUGGGAAAAUAUAAACACUUUGUAAAACAAAAAUACACAAGCUCAGACAUCUUUAAUUUCAGUAGUUUCAUGUGCAAAUGAUAUUUGGCUGUUUCAUGUCUUGCUUGACAGCAAAAAUGUCUUGUAAACACUUACAUUGAAACAAAUGACUUGCUACACUAUUCAUACAUGGACAUUUUUGUUCUGUGUUUCACACCAUGAUUGUAUGACAUUAAAGCUACCCCUUCUUUUAGUAGGGGCAUUCCAAAGACCAUUUUGAAGAAGUUCCUAGUUUACUUUUAUAUUAAAAUUCUUCCUCCAAAUAACUGGAGCGCUAAAUCAAGUUUCACCAAAGGGAGUUUAGCGACUGAUCAUAGUUUUAUAUGUAGUAAGAAAUAUCUGGUGAAAUACUCAAGUGUGCAAUUGAAUUGAAUGUGUUUGACAGUACACAAUGUAGAAAAAAAAAUCUACUUAUUUUUUGUAUGUGUUAGAUUUAGAUACUAAAAACAGAUGUAACCCCUAUGCCAUUUGUACUGGAGCAACAUCAGUUGUAUUAGUGGAAGUAGUACUUAUGACUUUGGCUGAAGUCCCAUUUAAUGAAUAUAACAAAAUUUAGUCAUUUGAAGCCUCUUUGCAAACUUUGCUGAAAAAUAUCUCCAAAUAACACCAUGUAAGGCUAAUUUGGCAGAUAGCCUUAAAAAAUUUAAAAUAAAACAAAAUCUUUCCAGCUUAUGAGAAAACAUGUUGUGAACUACUUUCUGCAAAAUUUUAUUUGGGGAUAUUUUUCUGGGAUCUUAAAAAGAAUCUGCAUGGCUAAAUUAUGUUAUUCACAGACUUUGGCUAGUCACACAAACCUUGCACAAAAAGUUUUUUUUGGGGUGGUAGGUAUUGACGUCAUUUAUUAAUGUAAUAUUCAGAACUAUCAGAUUUCUAAAGUGUUAGUGAAUCUGUGAACACCUCACAUUGAUUUACAUCUGUGAACACCUCACAUUGAUUUACAUCUGUGAACACCUCGUAUUGAUUUACAUAUGUGAACACCUCACAUUGCUUUACAUCUGUGAAGAACUCACAUUGAUUUAUAUCUGUGAACACCUCCAAUUGAUUUACCUCAUAUAAUGCAGUUCAGAAUUAUUUUAACUUCAAUUCAGAUAUCCCAUCAAAAUCUGCUGAUCAGACUUGUUGUUCCUGUCAUGUUUUUAGCACCCUGUUAUCAGCAUUGUGUUGCUGUAAUCCUGUUGUUAACAUCAUGUUAUUCUAAUUCUGUUAUCAUCAUGUAGCCCCAUCCUCUUGAUAUAUCUUGAUAUUCACAACUUCUGUUGUUACAUAUACAAAUGUAUAUAUAUUGAUGAAGGACCAACUUCAUGUCCUAUACCAGCUUUUGUGUUUAAAUAUCAUGAGAAAUGUAUGUUUUAAUCAUGUAUAAUUACUUUAAAUGUAAUAACAAAAGUGAGGUGAUGAAUUGUAAUUCCAUAUAGAAAAUGUUGUGGCAAAAGAUAGCUAAAUUGUUCAUGAUGGUUAAUUGUAAUGAAUGCUCUAUUAAAUCUGUUUGUAUCGUCUUUACCAGUAGGUGUUUUAGUUUACCUCCAUAAUAAGAGGGCCACAAUCAGUUGUUUUUGAUACAUGACAAUAUUUAUAUAAAUGAAAUAAAUGAGCUGUGAUUUGCCAA